CAUAUGGCCACUUCGGACCGGUAGCCGUCGUGAAGGCAUGCCGCGAGGUUUGAUACCUAAUCGGGAAAGACUGGCUACUUCGGUGUGGCUUGGAGCGAAGCGCGCGCUUGGCCGAGCGGCGUCAAGUGGCCCUAUUGUUCGCCGAAUGCGGAAGAUGUUCCGAGAUCUACGCACGAGGCAUCGGGACGACCGUGCCGAGCUUCGACUCGCCUAUCGCAAGGCCUUGGGCGCGAUCCGCGACGAGGAGACGGAGCUGCGCGUCGCCGCCGCCGUCAAGCAGCUCGCCGAGCGGGCAUCGGAAUCGUGGGUCGAGUGGGCGCGCGGGGACUGGCCCGAGCUCGCGACCGCCAUCGACGCCGGGGCUGCGAGGCGUGCGAAGGCCGCCGAGGACCGUCGUCUCGAAGACGAACGGCGUCGAAAGGACGAAGAGGAACGGCGCCUCGAAGACGAACGUCGCGCGCAAGAGGCCGCUGAUGAGGAGAUGGCGAGGAUCGCGGCCGCCGAGGGGCUGCUCGAUAAGGGGAAAGGGCGCGCGAUAGUCGACGAGGAGGUCGCCGAACUGUCGGACGACCCUUCGAUCAAGACUCCUCGGACGGUCGAACGUCCGUUCGCGAUGACCGAGGUCGACAUGGCCGCCGCGGCGAUUGAGAAGCGUCAGGCCGGACAAAAGUGCGAUUGUUGCGCCGGCUACCGCUCGGCCCCGGUCGAUUGCGUGUGGGCCGAGAACGCUACGACCUGCGAUAGGUGCGCGCAGUUCCAACAGGGCUGCUAUUUCGACAAGGUGUCUGUCCUGGGCAAGACAAAGAAGACGCGCGGUGGGGGAUCUACCACCAAGAAGCGCAUUCGGCCGGCCUCGCCUGGGCCUUCGAUCGCGGACUCGAGUGGUUCGAAGAAGCGUCGCGUCGACGAGCCUCCGCGCCCCCUUCUACGACGGCCUCUCGAUGGGGCCAGCCGCCUUGGGCUCGAGCAGGACGACCUCGAUGCGCUCGACCUCGACGACGAAUCUCGGGGGAUCAUCCGCGUCAUCCGCGAGGAGCGCGCUCACAUCGCGCGCCGUCGAGCGCUCCUCCAUGACAUGGACCUCGACCUCCAGAAGAUGGAGAAGGCCGCGCUUGCAAAGGGCGGAAUCGGUUUCGUGCGCGGGGCUGUCGACGAUGAGUAG